AUGGUUAAAUACAACACUCUUUUAUGCUCGCUACUUCUCCUUCCAUUCACCGCAUUGGCCGGGGACUUUGCUAGUGAUUGCGAUCCAUUACAAGAAACUUGUCCAGAUGAUGUUGCUUUGGGAGGCAGCAUUGAAUUGGACUUCACCACUGAAACUCCAUAUUUCAGCCCACUUGCCGAGGGUUCCAGAAUCAAGUACACCGAUAAUGGUUUAGUCGAAUGGUUCGAAAACCACGGUGACGCCCCAUCGCUUAGAUCAAACUUCUACAUUUAUUACGGGAAGGUCGAAGUGGUUUGCAAAACCGCUAGUGGUGUUGGGCUUAUUUCCAAUGUGUUUUUACAAAGUGACGACGGUGAUGAAAUCGACUUUGAAUGGAUCAGUACUUAUAACACCCAAGUCACCACCAACUAUUUCGGUAAAGGGAUAACCGGGAACUACGACAGAGGUACUGUUCAAAAAGUUGGUGCUGCUUUGGAUGAAGCAUACCACACCUACACUAUUGAUUGGCAAAAGGACAAGACUGUGUGGUCCGUCGAUGGUCAAGUCAUCAGAACCUUGUCGAUCUCUGAAAUUUCCAACACCGGUGACUACCAAUAUCCAAAUUCUCCAAUGCGUGUGUUCCUUGGUCUUUGGGCUGCUGGUGACUCUUCUAGUGCUGGCACUGUUGAAUGGGCUGGUGGUGCCACCUCUCUUGAAGGUGCCCCAUUCAUUUUCAAUAUCAAAUCCCUCAUUGUUUCCGAUUAUUCUACCGGCACUGCUUACGCCUACGGUGACAAGACCGGUAACAACAUUGUUGUCAAAGGUGAUUCAAAAGGGGUUGCUACUACAUAUUCCAGUAAUUCCACCAUUCCUGGUGUUUCUACCAACUUCACCAUCUCCUCUGCUGCUAAACCAUCGGCGACAUCCGCUCCAGCUUACCAAAUUCAAAACUUGAAGACCACUACUGCUAGUAUUAGCCUUUCAUCUUCCGCUGGCUCGGUAGACACUUCUGCAUUGAUCGCUGCAGUUACUGGUAGUUCUACUGCCGCCACUUUUGAUGCUGCUGCCGCUGCCGCUGCUGGUACUGCUAAUCCUACUGUGGAAGUUGCUUCUUCAUACAGUGCUUCUAUUGCCAGUGAAUACAUUCCUAACCUCAACUAUGGUGCUGGUAACUCUGUGAGAUACCUCUCCACCCUUCAAAAGAUGGCUAUCGGGGCUGUUUUGGUGACCUCUUCAUUUCUUAUCCUUUGA